CGGGGCUUGAUUCUGCCACACCACUGAAAAAAAAAAGAACAAAGAAAAAAAAAUUGAACCUUUCUUUCUUCUUCUUGUCUUUAAACUUGACGGAAUCUCACAAAGUAAUAUGGUCGAAAGCGAAGUUCAACAGCUGACUGAAGAUGGCAAGGUGACUAAACGUAUCCUAAAGGCUGGCUUUGGAAAACUACCUGACAAGCAUGACGUUGUGACAAUUCACUAUGAAUCAUUCCUUGCAAAGACAAAUCUCAAAUAUGACUCUUCUCGUGAUCGUUUGAUGGAAUACAUUUUUACUCUGGGCACUGACGAAGGAAAGGUUAUUCAAGGUUGGGAGAUUGCCAUUCCUACAAUGAAGGUUGGUGAAGUGGCUGAAAUCAUAUGUUCACACUCUUAUGCUUAUGGUGAAGACGGACUGCACCCAUUGGUACCUCCUAAAGCAAAAAUCCGAUGUGAAGUGGAAUUAUUAUCAGCAAGUCCAUGUGUGGAGGAUAAGGCAAGAGAGAAAUUGGACAUAGCCAAGGCAAAGAAAGAAGAAGGAACUGAACUUUUUAAACAUGGUCAAAUAGUGCCUGCUCUUUAUACAUACAGAGUGGCUAGUCAUUAUGUAUUAGACCUUUGGCAAUGUACUUUUGACGAACUCGGUGAAUGUCGUGAACUCACUGUUGCUAUUCAACUCAACGUUGCUAUAUGUCAAAUGAAACUACAACGAUGGUCAGAUGCUAUUGAGACCCUGAAUUAUGUCUUAGAACGUGAUCCUUCGACUGUCAAGGCCUAUUAUCGUUUGGGACAAGUAUAUAUGGAACAAAUGGAAUAUGAACAAGGUAUUGAUAUUGUCAAAGAAGGUCUUAAAGCCAUCCCCAAGAACCCAGAACUUACUAGUCUUCUUGCCACAUUGGAACAAAAGUCAAAAUCUUCAUUGCAAGAUAGUACUCGUGUAUAUAGAAAAAUGUUUGCCUAGUUUCUUCUUUUCUUUCUUUUUUUUUAAUAUAUUUUGUUACAUAGCUCUCCAGAAAGAUAUCCGUUUGUAGUGUAGUUU